AUGCCUACUCCCGAAAACGAAAAUUCUGUGAGUUUUUUUUCAUUUCAGAUUGUGAAUCAAUUUUUUCUAUGUAUGAUUUUUCAGCCAACACUAAGCGAUGUUCCGAUUGAUGUACUUGAAAAGAUUCAAAAAUAUUUGGAAUCAAUCGAUAUUGUCAGAUUGCGAAGUGUUUCAAAAUCGAUUCAAGAAAAUCUAGACAUGAUUGAUCAAACAGAAAGGUCAGUGAUCAAUUUUUUGAAUUUGAAAUUGGUCUCUGAAUUUCAGGAAAACUUCCAAGCUCCACAUUUAAUUUUAAAAAAUGUUGUUUUUUUUUUCAGUUUGAAUAACUCCGAACUUAAUUCCGUUCUUCACUUUGCCAUAAAAAACAACAACAUUGAAAUUAAGAAUAAAGAAAUCCCGAGAUACGUGGACGAUCCAGAGAAAUACCCUCCAGAAAUCCUCAAUUUUUUUCCAAUCACCGGACUUCGUCAACUCAAUUGGUAUCGACCAAUCUGGCUACACUAUGAGGAUUCAACAAUUCUCGAAUCCUCUUUGAAUUUAAAAGAUUUUUUGGAAGAUGUUCAAGAUUUAGCACUCGUCGAUAUCAUACAUUCUACCGACCCGAUUGUUCGAAAAAAUCGACUGAAGAAUAUUUGCGUCAAACUUCGAAAAAUGCAAAGCUUGGCAACAUUUCAUUGUAGUGAUGAGAAUCUGACAUUUGAGGAACUCGAAAAAAUUGUGAAGAGUUUUAGAUUCAAUCCAACUGACGAUAUGAUUGAUCCCGGUGUGAUUAAUAUAACUUUGAAUGGAAAUAUACCAUUUUACAAAAAAUCGAUGAUGUCAAUUAUAUUGGAUAAAACACAGAUAGCCCGUGUAGUACGUAUUAGCACCAAUCGUCAUAUUGAACGAGAUUUUGAUGAGGAAGAUUAUGAGGGAAUCGAAUGGUUCAUGAAAAUUCAGGUUUGCUAGGGUGAGAAAGUGGGAUAUUCUGCAUUGCGCGGAUUUCAAAAAUUCAAAUUUGAUUUUUUUUUUCAGAGUCCCAAUCCCGAAAAAAGGUUAGAAUUGAGUGUCGGGCCAUGCCCAGAAUCAGUUUGUGAAAAAUUGAUCGAAUUAUCGCACAAAUGGUUUGGACAUGGUGAAGCAAGACCUGGAAUGAUUGAACAUGGACAAAACAUUCUUUAUCUCCGUGGAUAA